AUGUCGAACUCCGAAAUUGACCUUGAUCUCACCGAGAUCCAUUUUGACACCUUUUGCAAGGUCUGGGGCACGCCCCAAAUGCUACAUGCAUUGAUUGCUGCCCAGGAGGAUGAUGUCAAGCGCUGGUCUUCUUGUCCUUCAUUUGGACCCUUCAUCCACAAGCUCUUCGUUCAGUCUCAGAAUGUCUCUCGUCUUGGGCCCAUUCAUCCCACUGGGUGCAUAAGUCUCGAAAAGUCGCGGUACUCCAGCAAAGAGUUCUUCGCCAGAGCUGUUAAAGCUCCCGUUGAUGGUGUAGCCGCUCUCAACCUCCAUGGCCCAUCAGAUGGCAAGCCUUUUCCCUUCCCCAUCAGAGAUGUUCUAGCCAGAUUCCAUGAAUACGGGCAGUAUGAACUCCACAAGGCUCGGAUGGCAAUCCGCUUCGACAACAAAACAAUCAAAUAUGUGGAUGUACAGGCAUUUCCAUCUGAGAAUUUCCCCGAGACCCGCAACAAGGGCCAGCUCAAAAAAGUCAACAUUGUUGAUAGCUUGGAUGACAGACAUGAUGUGGUGAUUUGUGGCCGUCGUUUCCUGAAACUCGACACUCGAACUGCCUUCAAGGAGCAUCUUGAAGUUAUUGGGAACCGAAUGAGGGACAACGGUUACAACAUCAAAAUUCAUGUCCCAGAUGAGGUCAUUGCGAGCGAGGUUGAAGAAUUGGAGAGAUGGAACAGCGAUUCUGACUAUGGUUCCUUCAACUUGGGUGUUUAUAUGGACUGGGCCUACUCUCUGUCCUUGAUCACCAGUGCAGUUCUUGGCACAAUCAAGAAUGGAGAGUUUGCCGUAUUUGAAGCAGACGACAGUACGAGCAUUUACUUGCGCAAUAAUCAUAAAAUCGACGAUCGCUUCCUCUCAAACCCGGAGACUAAAAUUAAGUGA